GUACAAGUGUUAUGGGCCACAGAUCCGCUUGCUCAAUGGAGGGAAGGAGUUGGGGUUGGAGGUAACAAGGAAAGUGGGUCAUCCUCUAAACUAUUGCGAUCUGAGAUACCUUUAAGCAGACAUGGGAGAGUAUAAUAAUAAAAGAUCCUGCCUCAAAAUGAUCACGACCUCUUCAUUACUGCCGUGGCUGUUUUAUGGACGGUGUGGAAGGCUCCAAAUGCUUCAAUCUAAGAAAGUCAAGCUUGGACAAUCCAGCAGACUCUUGAGAGGGCAGCUGGCUGUUUAUAAAUCGGAGUUUCUAAUCUCUGCUUCUGCGAGUAAUGCUACUUUGCACCUUCAGUGACAGGCAGGCAUUAGCGAUGAACCCGGUCGAGCUCAAUGACAGGCCCCGACGCGGCAGUCCACAAAGAACCAAACCAGGGAGCUUUCAAUUUUGUUUUGUUGCUCGAUCGCACGCUGGAAAUAUUUGUGAUUGUGAUGUUUCCAAGGUUCCUAAUGUAACUGAUGCAGCACUUCUCGAAGCAUUGAGCCUUCUGAGCUAAGUUAAGGUGGGACUCCGAGGGGACGCGAAAAUUGUUUUUGAAGCUGUAAAUGGAGAAUAUCCUCAUAGCUGAUAUUUUCUGCAAAUUUUUCUGAUGUCUCUUUUGUCCAUGCUUUGGUAGAUCCUUUAACAGGGUGGCUGAUGUGCUAGCCACAGAGGCCCUUUAUUCUGAUGCGUUCUGUAAUGACCUUCAGGCCCAAAUCCAAUGGCUGAGGGAUCAGCUGACCAUGUAAUUUUGUUCUUUAUGAAAUAUUCCAUCUUUAAUUAAUAAGAUAAGUUAUCGCGGUUCAUUCUUAUUUUAAUGAAAAUGAAAAAGCCUAAUUGUAAAGCAAUACCCAGAGGCCAGAAGGCCCAGUAGAGAUAAAAAGCGAUUUUCAAUUUUUAAUAAUGAUAAAACGGCGACCGAUUGAAUUGCUCGCCGGCUGUGCCAAAAACGCCAAGUUGAAGAAGAAGAAGAAGAAGCAAAGCAGAGAGAUUAACGAUGCAAGAAGAGAACAAAAAAGUAAAAGUAAAAGAAACAGAAGAAAGAGAGCACGAACAACAAGUAUGGAGUUGGGGAGCAGGAACGGAUGGGCAGUUAGGCACAGGAAAGCUGGAGGACGAGCAUCUUCCUCAACUCCUUCAGUUUCCUUCUCUUAGUGUUAGACCCAUCUCCUCUCUUGCUUGUGGCGGCGCUCACGUUAUUGCCUUAAAUUCUGAUGGGAAAGUAUUGACAUGGGGGAGAGGCACAUCUGGUCAGCUUGGCCAUGGAAAUAUGCUCAGUAGUGUACAUCCACAGCCUGUAACCUUUUUGGAUAGUUUUGUUAUUACUCAUAUCUCUGCUGGUUGGAGCCAUUCUGGGUUUGUUUCAGAUAAAGGGUGUGUUUUUACUUGUGGAGAUGGUUCAUUUGGUCAGCUUGGGCAUGGUGAUAAUAACUCACAUGCUACUCCUGUUCAAGUCUCUUAUUUUGCAAAUAGGCAUGUUCACCAGAUAGCAUGUGGCAUGCGACAUUCACUUGUCUUGUUGAAAGAUUCUUCAGGAAACCAAGUUUAUGGUUUUGGUUCUGGAAAGCGUGGUCAAUUGGGUAUCUCCAAAGAUAAGAUUAAAUCCAUUAGUCUUCCUCUGGUUACCUGUGGAUUUGAAGACAUUAAAAUCAAUAGUAUUAUUACAAAUGGAGAUCAUAGUGCUGCAUUAUCUGUUGAUGGUCAUCUCUACACUUGGGGAAGAGGAUUUCCUGGAACUUCUGAUGUUUUUACUCCUCGGCAUUUGGUUUCAUCUUUGCAGUUCAUCAAAGUUGCGCUUGGAUGGAAUCAUGCUUUAGCAUUGACUGUUGAGUCUGAAGUCUUUAUCCUUGGCGGUGAUCGCCAUGGAGCACUUGGUGAUCUUGAGAAAAUAAGUCCAGCAAAGCAUCUAACUGAUCCAACACAUGCUAUUUUUGAUAGAGUCUCUAUUCUUGAUGGGAUGAAAGUUGUGGAUAUUGCAGCGGGAUCUGAGCAUUCUGCUUUAUUGACAGUGGAUGGAACAAUAAAGACUUGGGGAUGGGGUGAACAUGGUCAACUUGGCUUGGGAAGCACAAAAGACCAAACCAACCCUCAAUCAGUAAGCCUAGACCAUGAAGCUGAGAACCAAGAAAUCAACUUGAAAGUUUACUGCGGCAGUGGGUUUACAUUUGUUGUGAGGUCACUCUCCACCUCUCAAACCUGACUGGCCUUGCAAGAUAGUGAAAAAAUGGCUCAAAUCCGGUAAAAUUAACAGCAUUAUGGAGAUCAUUGAUAAGAUUUUGAAGUGCACCUCUUUCAUUACUGCUGUGAAAUAUACUGGUGGCAAAUCAGCUAGAUCACAGGCUAUCGGAAAAGUUGCAAAGAUUGGGGACUAUUUUACCUUAGAACUUGUCCAUUUUCGAAUUCCAGAAGCCAGAGAUCCCAUUCGCCAGUGCUCCAUCAACAUGAGUGGAAGAACAGGCAGAGGCUGCAAUUGGGAAAACCAUAUGUCAUCCCGUAACUGAACAUUUUCGCUGUAAUGAGAAGUUGCAAGUGGAAGAGCCGUCUUGAAAAUCUUGUUGCUAGACAAUGGUACCUGAAAGAAUUCAGGACCUAAAAUGGAUGACCUGAAGCAGGAAACUCCUAUGUUUAGAAAUCAAUUGAAGGAGACGCUAUCAUUGCAAUGAUAUUUCUAUUUCUUCGCAAAGGAUAUGUGAUGAACGAUACCUCAAUUAAGUUUUCAACUCUCAAGGAACUUUGGUACCA